ACAACGGCACGAGUGCCAUUAUGUUAGCUACUUGGCUAGCUAAUGCGAUUUUCUGAAGUUGCAAAAAAAAAAUAUUUGAAAUUGUUGGAGAGCCGAGAAAAUUUGCUGAAUAUCCCCUAACCAUUUUGUCUUUCCUUCAGCAAGAUUGUUUCCUUCCGCCAUUUUGGAGUUUUUGUAUUCCAGCCGGAGAUUACCCGCUGCUGAAUGCUAACAGCGCUGUAGCUUGCAUGCGUUACAGUGGAUAAAGAUGGAGCUGCAGGCGGUGCUGAUGGCUGCUGGUGGUGGGUCCCGCAUGAUGGACCUCACCUACAACACCCCGAAACCUUUACUGCCUGUGGGCAACAAGCCGCUCAUCUGGUACCCGCUCAGCCUGCUGGAGAGAGCCGGCUUUGAAGAGGUCAUAGUGAUCACCACAAAAGAAGUCCAGAAGGCACUGAGCGUGGAGCAGCGAGUCAAGCUGGACGUGAAGAUGAAGCUAGAUGUGGUGUGUAUCCAGGAGGAAGCGGAUAUGGGGACUGCCGAUGCCCUGCGACACAUUCAGCAGAAGAUUAAGACGGACAUCCUGGUGGUGAGCUGUGACCUGAUCACGGACGUGGCGCUUCACGAGGUGGUGGAUCUUUUCCGAGCCCACAACGCCACACUUUCCAUGCUCAUGAGUAAAGUGCAUGAAUUCACAGAGACCGUCCCUGGGCAGAAAGGAAAGAAGAAAGCAGGAGAGCAGCGAGACUUUGUGGGAGUGGACGGCACGGGGAAGCGGCUCCUCUUCAUGGCGAACGAAGCGGACCUGGAGGAAGGCCUCGUGAUCCGGAAGGCCAUCAUGCGCAAACAUCCCAGGAUGCACAUCAAGACAGGCCUCCUGGACGCCCACCUGUACUGCUUUAAGAGAUCCGUGGUCGACUUUUUAGUCGACAACAAGUCCAUCUCUUCACUGCGUGGGGAGCUGGUGCCGUAUCUGGUGCGUAAGCAGUUCAUGAAGGUCUUAAACUUCCAGACGGAUGACCAGCAGACACAACCGAAUCAGAAGAAAAAGGAUGCCAGCUCUUCCCUAGAGAUCUUGAGCCCCUCCAAAGACGAGGGGCUUCUGGAGCUCGCGCGAGAUCGCUCCUGCUGGAAUGAUCACCGUGGCGACAUGAGCGAGGCAUACCACGGUGGAAAGCUGCGUUGCUAUGUGCACAUCAUGGAGGACAGCGUGUGUUACCGCGUCAACACACUGGCCGCGUACGUGGAGGCCAAUCGCGUGGCUCCCAAACUGUUCGAAGAGCCUCCAGUUCAUCCGUCUGCUGUCGUAUCAGAGAGGAGCCUUGUCGGAGGAGACAGCAUCAUCGGCGCGGCGAGCCAGAUAGCAGACAAAACAUCCAUCAAACGCUCAACCAUCGGCGCGGCCACUACAGUCAAGGAGAAAGUCAAGAUAACGAACUCGAUCAUCAUGAAUGGUGUCACUAUUGAAGAAGGGUGUAACAUUCAAGGCAGCGUGAUCUGCAACAACGCCACGAUAGGACGAGGUGCCGACAUCAAGUACUGUCUGGUGGGAAGCGGCCAGCGCAUCGAGCCAGAGGCUGAAAGGACCAAUGAGGUCAUUGUUGGAUCAGAUCAGCUCAUGGAGAUCUAGAACCAAGGAGAAGACAGCUCAUGGGCAUGACAAGAUUUUCACCAAAGAAGUCUUGGACACCACUUUUUUUUUUUUUUUUUAACUGAACAUGUUCAAAUAAACAUGGAAUUAUUUAUCUUAGCUGACAGUGUCUUAUUAUUUUUUCACCGUAAUGUCCUGAGUCGGGAGCUUCUGCGUUUCUUGGAUCAUAUGAAUGUUAUUGAGCUUUGGUUUCUUUACUGCAUCAUGUACAGGGCAGCCAGAUAAUAUGCUUAAAUAUGAAAUGAGAAGGUGUGUGUGUGUGUUUAAAUUCCAAAAUGAUGGAUAGAAUAGGUUGAACAACUUCUAUCAAGAAUGUCAUUUCGGUGUGUUUUUUGCGACCAUGCUUAGAUGUCAUGCUAUACUGGUGUUUGUACUCCCAGUCCUGCUCAGUGGUGUAGGUUCUCCAGCUGCCUGUGAGCGACGACAUGCCCUGCUGUCAGAAGAAACGGAUAAGCACAAUAGGGUUAACUUUAUUUGUACACCAAAAAAAGCAGAGCAAUGGACCACCCAGUGAGAACAUAACAGCUAAUCGUCUCCCUCACCCUCCACCCACCACCACUACUCCAACUCGGAAGAUGCUCUAAAGAACUAGUCUUCGAGAUUUUUUUUUCUUUUUCCUCUCUUCGCUGUCAACGAUUUAUGACAUUCCAUUGCAGCUCCUAAAUUACAGGCUUGACAUUAGUUCUUCAGUCACGAAGCCUGAUGAGCCUCCGGAAGAUUCUCAGUGAUGAUUUAUCAUGGCUUGCUCAGUCUCCGUGGCCAACCCGAGUCAUUUAGUGUCACUAAUGAAAUGAUCAUGAGUUCUUUGUCUUUGCAGCCUUCGCCUCCCUGGACUUUGUCGUUUUUCUUUUUGGACAUGCUGAAAUAAUUUCCCCUGACUUUCGAACGGCCCGCUCUAAAUCCAUAAACUAAUAUGUGUAUUUAUGAGGCGAUUGCUGCGCUUUUUGUCCUCCCUUUUUCCUCUCUGGCUGAGUUCUGUCCAAUUCGAGACCUUCAGCACUUCAUCACGUCGCCAAGCCGCGGUAGUGGGGAUUGGUUUGUGCUGAAUUUAUCAUUUAUUCGCCUGCCGCGCUUGAUUAUUGGCCUGAAAGCUUUUGCACGUACCAGCCAAGAACGAAGAACAGACCGAAAUCAGGAUGUCAAAUCCCCGGUCUCUUCCAUAUGUCUGUCCUGGGUUUUGUUUUGCUUUUUCAAACUAAUACGUACCACGUGUGUACUUGUGAUAGCUAAUCAGAAGCUGUGCCCUCUGCCCUGUCUCUGCAUCAUCCAUGGCCAGACCUCCGUGCUGUGCUUACGAGUCACUGCAUGGGUCAUUUGGGGAAAAGGUUUGUAUAUUUAGGCAGAGCCUCCUGGAACCCCAAGAGUCCCGACAGUUAAACUGGGAUCGGAGCCCACCAGAGCUGUGUUCAGUGUCAGUCCCCACCCUCCGGGGCUGAACGUGACAGAUGCUUGUGUUUUCCAGCGCCCAGGUUCAGAUGUCAGCCGACAGAUCGUACAUCAGGCCCCGCUUACUGUCUCUGGGUAGCUUCCAAGAGGCGCAUGCUCAUUCACGGCAAGAGAUGAAGGGACAGGAUGGACUCGAAUCGGACGAGACAAAAAUGUGUCCGGUGUUAAAAAACAGACUUUCUGGAAAGAACUUUGUAUAAUUUAUACGCGUCGUUGUGAGAAAACUGGUGUUCUGGAGGUUUGUCGAAGAGGCUCGUGUCUUCUGCAGGUGAUCCGCUCCAAAACGUGAGCACAUUAGCGGCUAAACGAGCAUUAAACGUUGUGGUGUAAGUGCGUCGGCACUUGGGAAAGCUCGAAUGGUCAUAAAUCAUUGAGAGUGACAUGAUUUGAACGUGGAACAAGUCCAGAUACCCCACUGCCAGCCAAGUCAUGGUGAAGUCCCGGCUCAAGCGAGUGGGAGGAAGGACUGAGCAAACGACCGAACUGAGUUGAGUGGUCAGUGCUUCAGCUCUGAGGAACCCUCUGUGUGUGGGGUGGUUUAUUUGUGUGUGUGUCUGGUUCGAGGGCAUGGGGGAUGCUCGGCUCCAGGACUGAGCGUGGUGCAGGGUGUGAGACAGCCUUCCUCGGCCACCCAAGUGGCAGAAAACCUGCGUGUUUGCAGCUGACCCCUACACAUUAACAGAACACUUCCUCAAUUUGUCUUGUGUGUUCUUGAGGCCCAAACGAAUUUCCUCUCUUUCGCAGCCACCUUUUGAGACGCUGCAUCCCCCGCAAGCCUCCCUCGAAAUCACGCCCACCUCCAGCACAUACACACACUUAACAAUUAGUACUUUCUUACUGCCGAACAAAGACAGUAUGCAGGCUGUGUGGCCUGUAAAGGCGUAUAACCUCAAAGACACGCGAGGCGAGGCGAGGCAGUGCAGCGCAGCAUGCAGCUUUGAAAUAAACACACAGGCCACGGUACAAUGAUCCGAAAGACAAUUUGCACUGUUUCGAGCUAUUGUUUAACUCGGUCAGCUGCUCUAGGGCCGUGAAAGGUUUUAUAUUCUCUUUUGUAAAAGUUUGCUUUUCGUUUUUGUGUUUAGUGGAAUAGAUAGAUAGAUUGGAGUACCAAGAUUUUUCCUCGAUUUGAUCAACUCCUUGCUGUUAUAUUUCGAAAUAUAGACAAAAUCAUCAUGAAAAGAACUUCUUCAUGGAGCAGCCAGAUCAUUUCCAAGCCCUAUACCAUACAGGUUUGACUAAUAUGAAUGUGAUUGUCUGGCAUAAUGAUGAUAAAUUAUUAAUAAUUUAGUUUUAUUUGGUAAUGACAUUCACUGCAAGCAACACUGUCUCUUGAGACCUUUUGUCAGAUCACCUGAAAAUGCACUCUGUCUUGUUCGCGCUUUAUCGUUCUCUUCUUUCUCUCGCUCUGUCUGUCUCUAUCCUCUUUCAUGCUCAUCGUCUACACAUAUUUUGAUAUUCCUCUAAAGGGGGGGAAGAAACUCUGAAAACAAAGAGCUCUGAUUUCUUGCCACCUGCUAGCUCUGCCCUCAACAAUACCACUGUUAAAGGACCACAAACAAAGACGCCUCGAGGAAAGUUUGGGGGACCAUUCAUUACGAUGACAAAAGAGACAGAAAUAUAUUAUCAUAAUUAAUCUUAUCUGUGACUGUGGGUGGCAAGUCUUUCCCAUUUGCGACUGAUGGGUCUUUACAAUGCCAACAUGUACACAUCAGUGUGUCACAAUGCAUGCUGGGGCCUGAGAAUAUUUAAGCUUUGUAAACAUUCACUGAACAAGUCCCGCGUGUUAGCAGGAGACCAGCGUCACCCCAUGGCUUUUAGGAUGGGCAGAAAAACCCUUUUCGGCCUUUUUGGAUACAAAUGUAAUGUGGCUUCUGUUUUCAAUGGCUAAUCUAAAUAAUAAAAAAAAAUCUGUA